AGCAAAAUAUUAAAUUCAAAAUUUGUUGUUUGAACUCUAAAACAAACAUCAUAAAUUGUCUACCGCCACUCAUAGGAUUAUCCUUCUGUCUUGUCUCUGUGUCUUUAUUAGGCUCCAACAGCAACACAAGUAGCCACCAAGACUGAAGGAAAAAAAAAAAAAACUUCUUUAUCCUUUUUCAAAUUUUGCUGAAGAAAAAAUAUCUUGUUUUUGGUUCUUUUUCAUGGACCCAUUUGGAUUCUUGAUUUGUUUGUUCUAGUUAUGCAAACAUUAAACAUGGACCCUUCUUAUUCUUCCAUUAAUAAUGCACCUAGUUCUUCACCUUUAGCAGCACCCAUUUCUCCAGUUUUUUCAUCAGCAGCCACAUUUUCUCCAGAGGUUGGAGUGGGAGGUCAUACGCACCAUAUGGAUCAAAAUAGGAAGCUCUUCAUAGCACUCAUUGCAGCUUCUACUGCAUUGGGAACAAUCAUCUUCUUCAUGAUUUUAUUCUGGAUUUAUCACAGGAAGAAAUUACAAAAAUCUGAUAAGGACAGCAAUCAUAGCUCAGAUGAUGUGAAGGGGAUGUGUAAAUUCAAUUCUAUGAAGUCCACUUGUAGUAGGAAAGCAUCUAUACCCUUAAUGGAGUACAAGACGCUAGAAUCAGCCACCAAAAGGUUUCAAGAAACUGAGAUUUUGGGUGAAGGGGGUUUUGGAUGUGUAUACAAAGCUAAAUUGGAAGACAAUUUAUAUGUAGCUGUCAAGAAACUUGAAGGGGGAACCCAAGAUGCCGUUAAAGAAUUUGAGACUGAGGUAGAGUUGUUGAGUCAAAUUCAACAUCCGAAUAUAAUUUCAUUGUUGGGAUAUUGCAUUCACGGUGAAACAAGAUUGCUUGUGUAUGAACUCAUGCAGAAUGGAUCUCUAGAAAGUCAGUUACAUGGACCAUCCCGUGGAUCAGCAUUAACUUGGCACCACCGAAUGAAAAUUGCCCUUGAUGCAGCAAGAGGAAUAGAAUAUUUGCAUGAGCAUUGCAAUCCACCAGUGAUCCAUAGAGAUAUGAAAUCAUCUAAUAUUCUUCUAGAUGCCAACUUCAAUGCAAAGCUCUCAGAUUUUGGUCUUGCUGUGCUGGGUGGGGCCCAAAACAGAAGCAACAUCAAGCUCUCUGGAACUUUAGGUUAUGUAGCCCCAGAAUAUCUGUUAGAUGGGAAGUUAACUGAUAAAAGUGAUGUCUAUGCCUUUGGAGUUGUUCUUCUGGAGCUUCUAUUAGGAAGGAGGCCUGUAGAGAAACUGGCACCAACUCAAUGCCAGUCUAUAGUCACAUGGGCCAUGCCUCAACUAACAGAUAGAUCAAAGCUUCCAAAAAUUGUGGAUCCUGUGAUACAAAAUACAAUGGAUUUAAAGCAUUUAUAUCAGGUUGCUGCAGUUGCUGUGUUGUGUGUUCAGACAGAGGCAAGCUAUCGACCCCUAAUAACGGAUGUGUUACAUUCCUUAAUCCCCCUUGUUCCCGUUGAACUAGGUGGAACACUCCGAGUUACUACACAGAAGCACAUGCUGGCACCCUCAGAGAGUUGAUUUUGUCAAAGGGUUAAUUUUUUGUUCCAAUUAUGUAUGGUGAUUGCAAUUAGAAGUCGCUGCCUGACCAAUUUUUCAUCACAUCUCUGCACAUUUUUGGCUACUAUAAUACAACUCAUGCAAGUGAAGGAAGGGAUGUUGAUCUUGCCAGAGCAGAAGAUAAUUCAAGUAUUCAACAUCACUUUUUAUGUAAAUUGAAGCAAGUGAAAUUUGAGUUAUGAAAUUGGUGUAUAUAGAAAAAUUACCUGAACUGUUGUAGUAUUCAUAAAAAUUGGAUUUGUUAUUUCCGGCUUAGUUUCAUUUAUUUAUGUGGGGACAUUUAGUCCCAUGAAAAUAAA